AUGCCAUUCGCCAAAAGGAUUGUGGAGCCGCAGCUUCUGUGCAGGCACCAGAUCCCCAACGAUGAAGCUCUGCUUUUCGAGGACCUGUGUGCCAUCAGUAACGUGGUUCUGUCCCGGACCUUGCGACAGCUGUCCGACCUGGCCCGGCACGCCUGCUCCUUAUUUCAGGAGCUGGAAAACGACAUCAUUAGCACCAACCAGCGGGUCUGGGUCCUCCAGAACAAAAUAGGCCAGAUACAGCAGACUGCCAGUGCCCUAGACCCUAAAAAGGAGGCAGUGCCGGUGUCAAACCUGGAUAUAGAGAGCAAGCUGUCGCUUCACUAUCAGGCUCCAUGGCACCAGCAACACAACGUAUUUCAUCCUUGUACCCGACCACCAUGCCUGGAGGAGCUGCACAGAAGCGCUCAGCUCAGUCUCAGAGCCCUGCACAGAGACGAACAACAGCACCACCGGUCCACGAGUCGGGAGAGAAACAGGGUGACCAUCUCUAUCUCAGUGGCGCCCCCUAUGCCCACCUUCCCCUCACCACACAGCAUCCGCCGACAACAGAGAAGUCGCCUGGCACGAGCAGCUACUUCAACAGGAGAAGGUGAAGGUGGUGAGGUCCUGGUAGGCCACAGACCCAAGGCCUCAGCCCCCAAUGCCCCUUCGACCCAGGAUAAACAGACAAACUGGUCCAAGCAAAACCUCCCACCAUCAGAUCAGAAGUCAACUGCCGAUUCUCACUCCAUCUCCUCCUGCAUCAUCCCCAUCAACGUCACAGGAGUUGGGUUUGACAGGGAAGCAAGUGCUCGUUGCUCUCUAGUCCAUUCCCAGUCGGUUCUUCAGAGGAGAAGGAAGCUGAGGAGGAGGAAGACUAUCACAGGAAUACCCAAAAGAGUACAACAGGACAUGGACUCCGAUGAAUCACCCGUAGCAAGAGAGCGCACUGUGAUUGUCCAUGCCAACUCGCACCAACUUUCUCUCUGUCAGGAAGACCUCUUAAUCAGCGGUCACCUCCAUCACACUCGCGACUCUGGCUGCCAGACAGAUGAUUUCCUUAUACCAUGUACAGCUGCUCCCUCCAGAAGGCGCAUCAGAGCCCAACGUGGCCAUCAGGGAAUCCCUGCCUCUCUUUCCCAUUCAACAGGCAACAUUUCUUCCCUGGGUGACCAGUCAGAUUCCACAUACACCAGUGCUGCAGGCCAUGGUGGGCGCUUGCGUUCUCGUAGCCUUCCUCGAGAGGGUGGACGUCUGAUGGACAGUGACGAGGAUGACGAUGACAAUUAUGAUGAUGACGAUGAAGAUGAGGAUUUGUCACCAUAUGAAGCAGAGGACUUUAUUCCACCUGGCCCUAGUCCAAGAAUGAAGAUGAUGAUGAUGAAGGAUGAAGAAGAGAGCACAGAUGACCAGGCAGCCCCUGAGCCACUGCAACUUGGAAGCCUAAAAAGGUUGCAGCGAUCUGGGGAUAGAGACAGAGGAGGUGGAGGAGGGAACCCAGAGCACAGCUGGAUGGAGAGGGGUCGUUCUCGCAUGCCCCGCAAGGCUGAUAUGGGCAGCUGUGAGAUCUCAUCGAGUUCAGAUACUUUCAGCAGCCCUAUUCACUCUGUUUCUACAACAGGAGUCCUAGGCAGCCAUGUGGACCACAAGGAGGACCACCAGUCGUCAAGUGGGAACUGGAGUGGUUCCAGCUCCACCUGCCCCUCUCAGACAUCUGAAACCAUCCCCCCGCCUUCUUCUCCACCACUGACAGGCUCAUCCCACUGCGACUCGGAGCUGUCACUCAACACUGUGCCCAAUGCCAUUGAUGAGGGAUUCUCUCUGGAUCCCUCAUACCACUCAGACCUUAGACCUCAGGGCCAGGGCCACAGGUCAAGCUCGUUCACAUCCUCAGCAACAGACCAGCUGGACGAUGCAGGGGUCAGUACGGCCAGUGAGGGGGAGUGGACAUACCCUCCAGAUCAAGACCAGACUGAUCCAGAUCAAGACCCUGACCAAACCCAAAAUCUAAACCAGAGCCAUGGGUUAGCUCAGGAGUACAACUCCAAACAAGGUCUACAAGACCAACCGUGUUUCGGUGACAAGACCAGCAACACUGAAAAAGAGUCUAGCUCUUAUUACCUAUCUAAUACAGGGGUUUCAGAGGGUUUCUAUUCAUCUUCUCUGCAUUUUGGAGAGUGUAAUCAGAGUUACAGAGGAUACAUGUAUAACUAUGCAGACCCAGGGCAUGACUAUGGCCAAUCCAACACUGUGGCAGCACCACUAUCACAUGGAGUUUACUCCCAGCCCUCAGCUGACUUCAGAGCAGGUACUAUGACCCUGGGAAGGACCUGUCGUCCGCUAAGGAAACCAAAAGUCAAACCUCCACCACCCAAACGGACCUCCUCACUGAAAAACACCUGUAGUGGAGUUGAUGUUGGAACAGACACACAGGCAGAUCAGGAUAAACCAAAGAUGGUUAGUGAACAAGAGCUUACCUUGUCUUCCACAGAUAUGAAGCUGGAACUGGAGCUAGAGCUUGGAGGUGCUCCAGAACCACUACAGACAUCCUGUCUAGUGGCAGAACCAUUGGGAACUUGGGGAAGGGGACUGGGUGAAACCGUGGACAUAGUAGAGCCCAUGUCCUUCAGCUCUGCAGAUACACACUCAUUUAAGGAUGAGGGCGCUGUGCAAUCUGACUAUGCAGACCUGUGGCUUCACAACACUGACCUUAAGUCCAACAAUGGUGAGUACAUGUCCAUGUCCAACUCAAGCACAGCUACAGGCACUACCGUCAUGGAGUGUAUCAAGUCACCAGACAGCUCUUCCUCCUCCUCAGAAACACAAAACCAGGCCCUUGUCCAGGCUUCAGAGACCAGGGCAACUAGUCCACCUCUCCCACCUGGAGACUUCAAACUUGGGUCACCUGAAAAGCUGGCUGGCCUGGCCUCCCCAUCAAGUGGCUAUUCCAGCCAAUCAGAGACUCCAACAUCAACCUUGCCCUCAUCUUCGGCAGCGUUCUUCCCAGGACCACUGUCUCCCUCAACUGGCAAGAGAAAGCCCAAAGUGCCCGAGAGGAAGUCUUCUCUCUCUUCCUUGCAGCACUUCCCUAGAGAUGGAGCUUCCAUUUCCGCUGGCUAUAAAAGAGACCCAGACUUCCCACCUCCACCUUCUCAACUUGAUCUCAAUGUUCUUCAUGGUAGUUAUGUCAGACACACGCUAUCCCACCGAACACACCACAUGCACACGCUCCACCACAGCAAACACAGAGUUGCAAAUGUUUUAGCCACUGGAACAAAGUUGUUGGCCCCUGAAGCAUCAAAUGCCAACCCACCUCCAAGCUCAAACUCUGCUCUAACAAUUCCCAGCUCCAAUCUAUUGGUGAUAACUCCAUCUGCUCUUCGUUCAGUGCAGCUCCAUCCUAUUAGCCAAUCUACAGACAGUGCUACCACUGCAGACCAGGAAACAGCAAGUUGUGGAGAGACCGCUACAAGACCCAAAUGUCCUCCUAGUGGUUCUACUCUGGCUCCACCACCUAUUAACACAAGGCCUCUCCCUCCUCGCAGACCACCUCCAAGACCCCCAGUUCAUGACCACACCUCCUCCCCUGAACACUUGCCACCACCUCCCCCUGGCCGCCAUCCUGAUGGGCCUCCAUCCUAUGAAAGCCUGCUACUCAGACAGGAUCGCUAUGGACUUGGAACUUUCUGGGCUAUGACAGCUUUUAGGACCCGAGUGGACCAAUCAUCAGAACUCUUAGAGGACAGCUCACCCCUGCAUCGGCCCGUGCCACGUGCCCCCCACCCUUCGCCUGUGGAUCUGCACACACAUAUCCACUCGCACACAGAGUUCAGAGGGCUCACACAUUCUGCUCAUGCCCACCCUGAGUUUAGGGUUUUGGGGGAGCGCUCGUUCUCCCAGGAUGAUGAUGAUGAUGAUGAUGAUGAAGACGAUGAGGAGGAAGAGGAAGAGCAGUUGAAAGAGCCACAGAGGGCUGCAUGUUCCAGAGGAGGCAUGCGAUCGGACCACCCUCCUCCUCCAGCGUAUGAAUUUGCUGCGGGAUCCCACUCAGACUCAGGGCCCUGGGCUAGUCCAGUCAAAGUGCCUGGUACCACAAUGGAGACAUCGCAUCCUUACCUAAUCAGCGAUGCAAGGAGAGGAGGAUAUGAAGAGCAGGAAGAAGAGGAGGAAGUGACAUCAGGUGCUACCAGAAGUGCCCAUCAGCAGCAGCCACAGGAGAGCAAAGAUGACUCCACCACUCCCGACACUGAGGAUUACUUCAGUAAAGAUUCCACGCCCAGUGACAAUUCGCUCUCCCCUCUGAUGGAUGACACCAAAGUGGAUGAUGACAUUAUUAUCACAUCACCCAACAAGACCCGUACAACUGAGGACCUGUUUGCCAUGAUACACAGAUCCAAGAGAAAGGUCCUGGGCCGUAAAGAUUCAGGAGACUUAAACGCAAAGUCUCGUCUCUGCCCUGCAGCACCAGUGACCCCUGUCUCCACUGUUAUUAUCCCGCCAGCUCCUCCUCUCAACAUCCCAGCCACCUUAGCCACUGCUGCCGGGUCACAACGAGCCCCUGUGCCAAUCUACCGCAGCGCCAAGAAAUCCAGUACGUCCAACGAGGAGUUUAAACUCCUGUUGCUGAAGAAAGGUAGCAGGUCUGAUUCCAGCUACCGCAUGUCAGCUACAGAGAUUCUGAAGAGCCCUAUCACCCCUAAAACCCCAGGGGACCCCCUUCAGGAAGGGGCCAUUAGACAGGCUGAGGAGCUAUCCUCUACACUCCAAGAUCCCCACAUUUCUGGCCUGGACCCAAUCCAGAUACCAGGCCUUUUCCCGAGAGCCAACUCUGAGAGUUUCACCCCCAAAACCAUGCCUAUGUCAGCUGCGUCUCGACAGGGACGUUCUCGGAUCCCCCCUGUAGCCAACAGCAGUCGCUACAGUACACGCAGCCGCCUCUAUACAGCCCCCAUGCAAGCCAUUUCUGAAGGGGAGACAGAGAACUCAGAUGGGAGCCCCCAUGAUGAUAGAUCAUCAUAAAACCACCUGAUGAGAGAUAGCUGUGUCAUACAUUUGAAAUGGUCUCUUCUACUUUUCUAAUCGUGGAUAGGUGUGCCAUCAAGGCCAAUAGUGUAGUUCUUGUGACAUACAAAAUCUGACUGUUGCUAAAAUGCACCCAGUUUUGGAUCUACUAUUCUAUUUAAGGGUGUCAG